CUUCAGGGUAUGUAUUACACGCACGGAAAGUGGACAAAACGGCUUUAAUCGGUUUUUUUCUCUCACUCUGUUUGCGCUUGCUGUGGGGGAGGCUGGGUCCAACUUCUUAUUUUGUUGGAUUGCUGCGUGCCCCUAGAGACCGCUCAAUUAUAUAAAGUAGACAUCUAGGAACCGUAGUACUGUAACUACAAGAUCUUAAACCAUCCUCCGAUAAAUUAAGAUGCCUUCCAGCCCCCCACCCAACGCUGUGUCCUCCGCCAUUGAGAGCGGUGACGAAGCUGACUUCGAAUUGAAGGCCAGAGCACCAAUCAGACGUUCCUCGUCUCUCUUCUCUUUGUCCUCUUUUCACGAGGAACCAUUGCCCCCACCUGAGGAAAAGGACUUCAUUGCCUUUGACUUGGAUGACAGACACUUUUCCCUUGUCAGGAACUUGCACAUGGCUGAUUUCAUUACGUUGCUCAACGGGUUCUCGGGAUUCUACUCCAUCAUCUCUUGUUUGAGAUACACCUUGACGGGUUCCACGCAUUACGUCCAGAGAGCCCAUAUCUUCAUUGGAUUGGGUUUGUUCUUUGACUUUUUUGAUGGUCGUGUGGCUAGAAUGAGAAACAAGUCUUCCUUAAUCGGCCAGGAGUUGGAUUCCUUGGCUGACUUGGUGUCGUUCGGCGUUGCCCCUGCCUCAAUUGCCUUUGCCAUUGGCUUGAGAUCCACCGUUGACUGCUUGUUUUUGACCUUCUUUGUGUUGUGCGGAUUGACCAGAUUGGCCAGAUUCAACGUCACCGUGUCCAAGUUGCCGAAGGAUACCUCUGGUAAAUCUAAGUACUUCGAAGGUACGCCCAUCCCAACUUCUUUGACAUUGGUCGGUACUAUGGCAUACUGGGUCAGCAAGGGCUGGAUUCUCGAUAACUUACCCCUCGGUGUUGUCUUUGAAGGCGGCUUCUUCGAGUUUCACAAGGUUUCCGCGUUAUUCGCCUUGCUCGGCUGUGCCAUGGUCAGCAAGAGUUUGCACAUUCCCAAGCCAUAGGUGACAACAGAUUUGUAGAAGCACCUUCUCUAAAGAUAGCUAUAAGUGGCGAACUUUGCGUACUCUGAAGAUUGCAUAAAAAUAUCUGAGGCAGGAAAACUGUAUUAAAUACUGAACGGUCCUUGAAGAUACCUCCCCUUUGAAUCAUUAUAUGUAUAGCAACAUGUAACCAAUCGUUCUUUUUAUAAACUAGACAUUUUACAGCGUUC